GGGGAGGAGGCCGGCGGCAGCGCGGGGGCGGGGCUUUGCGGACGCACGCACGUCGAGGUGCUGCUGCCGGGAGCUGAGGAGGCUGCGGCGUUGGUCUGCGGCGGUUGCUUUGGCGGCGGCCUUCCUGCGGCCGGAGGUUGGAGAGAAAUCCAGGUACUCAGUUGACCGGCCCUUUCUGCUGCCAUGGGGGAGCUUUUCCGGAGUGAGGAGAUGACCCUGGCCCAGCUUUUUCUACAGUCAGAAGCUGCUUAUUGUUGUGUCAGUGAAUUAGGAGAACUCGGAAAGGUUCAGUUUCGUGAUUUAAAUCCAGAUGUGAACGUUUUCCAGCGGAAAUUUGUGAAUGAAGUUAGAAGAUGUGAAGAAAUGGAUCGGAAGCUUCGAUUUGUUGAGAAAGAGAUAAGGAAAGCCAAUAUCUCAAUUAUGGACACUGGCGAAAACCCGGAGGUGCCCUUCCCCCGGGACAUGAUUGACUUAGAGGCCAAUUUUGAGAAGAUUGAAAAUGAACUGAAGGAAAUCAACACAAACCAGGAAGCUCUGAAGAGAAAUUUCUUGGAACUGACUGAAUUAAAAUUUAUACUUCGCAAAACUCAGCAGUUUUUCGAUGAGGCUGAAUUGCAUCAUCAGCAGAUGGCGGAUCCAGACCUGUUGGAAGAAUCCUCAUCCCUCUUGGAGCCAAGUGAGAUGGGAAGAGGCACGCCUUUAAGACUUGGCUUCGUGGCUGGUGUGAUUAACCGGGAGCGCAUCCCUACUUUUGAGCGCAUGCUUUGGCGGGUGUGCCGGGGGAAUGUGUUCCUGCGGCAGGCUGAAAUCGAGAACCCCCUGGAGGAUCCUGUGACUGGAGACUACGUGCACAAGUCUGUGUUCAUCAUUUUCUUCCAAGGCGAUCAGCUGAAAAACAGAGUCAAGAAAAUCUGUGAAGGGUUCCGGGCCUCAAUCUAUCCCUGUCCUGAGACGCCACAGGAGAGGAAGGAGAUGGCUUCUGGGGUUAAUACCAGGAUUGACGAUCUCCAAAUGGUUCUGAAUCAAACGGAGGAUCACCGCCAGAGGGUUCUGCAGGCAGCUGCUAAGAACAUCCGUGUCUGGUUCAUCAAAGUGCGGAAGAUGAAGGCCAUUUACCACACUUUGAACCUGUGCAAUAUAGACGUGACCCAGAAGUGCCUGAUUGCGGAGGUCUGGUGCCCUGUCACUGACCUUGACUCCAUCCAGUUUGCGCUCAGAAGGGGCACGGAGCACAGUGGCUCCACCGUGCCCUCCAUCCUGAACAGGAUGCAGACAAACCAGACUCCCCCAACCUAUAACAAAACCAACAAGUUCACAUGUGGCUUUCAGAACAUAGUGGAUGCUUAUGGAAUUGGAACUUACCGAGAGAUAAAUCCAGCUCCAUAUACCAUCAUCACUUUCCCUUUCCUAUUUGCUGUGAUGUUUGGGGACUUUGGCCACGGCAUUUUGAUGACCCUUUUUGCUGUAUGGAUGGUGUUAAGGGAGAGCCGGAUCCUCUCCCAGAAGAAUGAGAAUGAGAUGUUUAGCACUGUGUUCAGCGGACGGUACAUUAUUCUGCUGAUGGGUGUGUUCUCCAUCUACACGGGCCUCAUCUACAAUGAUUGCUUUUCCAAGUCUCUUAAUAUCUUCGGGUCAUCCUGGAGUGUGCGGCCAAUGUUUACUUUAUACAAUUGGACGGAAGAGACGGUUCGGGGAAACCCUGUCCUCCAGCUGAACCCAGCUGUCCAUGGAGUUUUCGGUGGACCAUAUCCUUUUGGCAUCGAUCCAAUUUGGAACAUUGCUACCAAUAAACUGACCUUCCUCAACUCCUUUAAGAUGAAGAUGUCUGUUAUCCUUGGUAUCAUCCACAUGAUGUUUGGAGUCAGCCUGAGCCUUUUCAACCAUACCUAUUUCAAGAAGCCACUGAAUAUCUACUUUGGAUUUAUUCCGGAAAUAAUCUUCAUGACCUCUUUGUUUGGCUACUUGGUUAUCCUUAUUUUUUACAAGUGGACAGCCUAUGAUGCUCACACAUCUGAGAAAGCACCAAGUCUUCUGAUCCAUUUCAUAAACAUGUUCCUCUUUUCCUAUGGGGACUCUGGUAAUUCGAUGCUGUAUUCUGGACAGAAAGGAAUUCAGUGUUUCCUGGUAGUGCUUGCGCUGCUGUGUGUCCCUUGGAUGCUGCUGUUUAAACCACUGGUCCUUCGCCAUCAAUAUUUGAGGAGGAAGCAUUUGGGAACUCUCAACUUUGGUGGGAUCAGGGUGGGCAACGGACCGACAGAGGAGGAUGCUGAGAUUAUUCAGCAUGACCAGCUCUCCACCCAUUCAGAGGACGCAGAGGAGCCUACCGAGGAUGAAGUGUUUGAUUUUGGGGACACCAUGGUCCACCAGGCCAUCCACACCAUUGAGUACUGCCUGGGCUGCGUCUCCAACACCGCCUCCUACCUGCGGCUCUGGGCCCUCAGCCUCGCUCAUGCACAGCUGUCUGAGGUGCUUUGGACCAUGGUGAUCCACAUCGGCCUGAGCGUGAAGAGCUUGGCGGGAAGUUUGGCGCUGUUCUUCAUCUUCGCCGCCUUCGCCACCCUGACUGUGGCCAUCCUCCUGAUCAUGGAGGGCCUCUCAGCCUUCCUCCACGCACUGCGGUUACACUGAAAAGGCAAAGGCAGGGGUAUGAUUUGUGGUUUUCACUGUGGACACCGGACUGCUAUUAGCAGAAAGACCGUCGCCCCAUGGCCCGCCUUCACAGCAACCUCAUCCCUUCCUAGCUAACGGAUUCCACAUGAACACUCACAGACUGGGGGCUAAAGGGACAGAUUUGGGGACCAGUUUGUUGUAAGGAAUUCAGUGGCGCCACAGCAGGACCCCGCGGGGUGGCUGCCCAGGAGAACGAGAACACCUGAAGUGUGACCUCAUGGCCUCGGCACUGCUUGGAGAGGGACAGAACCAUCUUUCUAGAACUGCCUCCCCUCGGUCACAUCCCCACAGGCAAGGGAGGAGGCCCAGGCUUUCCCCUUCAUUCACUUGAGAAGACAUGGUUUCUGUCGUGGGGCAGGAGCACUCUCUCUCUGGACUCCCAGUUAGUCCUUCUGGGCCACUGGGUUGCCUUUUCCAGGUGCGGGAGCUGGCGGGGGUGACAGAGAACCCCCUCUGACUGCCUGAGGCUCUCCUCACAUCUGCUGAAUCCUGAGAUGCGUUUUAGUGGCCUGGGGCGUGGCGGGGUCCAUGGAGGUGCCCCGAGCAGAGCCCCUCAAGAAGGAAGAACUUGCAGGGCAGCCAGUGGGGCCCCGCUGUGCCCCGGCCCAGAGAACUUCGUGUUUAUCCUUUCUCAGGAAGCACCCAGCUCCCGGCUGGGAGGGAGGAGAGGGCGGGGAGACCACCAGGGAAACUGCUUCCAACUUUGCGCCGGGAGGGUGAGGUGAGCACGGCUGAGAAGGGAGGCGAAGUCAGGCUGACGCUGAGAUACCCAAGAUGUCCCUGGUGGGGGCCACCCUAAGUCACCUCGAGCAGCAGCUGGUGGGCAAGGUGGUGUCAGGUGGUGUGUCCGAGGGAGCGCCCAUCUGCUCACACAGCAGAACUUAUGUGCCCCCGUCCCAGGCGUGUGUCCCCUGAUGUAGAUGAGGCAGGCAGGGUGAUGCCAAGAGAAGGGUGGUGGUCCCUCAGGCGUCUGAGAACGUCUGCAGCUUCUCCAUUCACCCAGUCUGGAGUUGGAAUUGUUUGUGUGAUGAGCCAGCCAGAGGUCAGAGUUCCAGAUACCUCACAGACCCCAAGGUGAGUUGCCCACCGUCUGGCUGUACGCUGUUGAGCGGAGUGAAAUACCAUUGCCGUGUGCAGACACAGCGUACCCAGCGUGGAGGAUUCAGUCGUCACAGCAGUGGGCAGGAAGCAGGAACCUGCCCCCAUCCCCACCGCAUUCCCCCAGAGGAGGCCUCAGGAGCUGGGCCCUCUUCUCCAGGUGUUGGGGCUCAGGGCUGAGUCCUGUGACUGACUGCAGUUUGAAAUACCCUCUCCUGGAUCGCAUUUACUCUGAGGGAGGCUUGGCCGAGACCCUGAUGGGAAUCCUCCAGGGGCCGGGAGGCUUUGGGGGCCUUGGUGUGGCCCCCAGAAUGUAGGGUCGGGGAGAAGGCUGCCUGUUCUUACGCCCGCACAGAAAAUUCUGUUCCCCUCUUCUCCCCAGCGGGUGGAGCUGGCCGCUCUGCAGUCAGCUCCUCAGCCAGCGCCCCAGGGCUGAAGGGGCCUCUGAGGACAUCUCGGGGCUACCAGCAGACAGUCCUCUUCCCACUCCCUUUUCACUGAUUCCUCCCUUAUCUCGGAGGGAGGCCGCCCUGGCUGAAGGCUGAGUGAGGGGCAUGAAGGUGGAGAGCGUCUUGGCGCCCUGCUGUGCAGUCACAGUCAAACUGCUGCCUGCGGCCUGCCCCAGGGAUCUGGGGCCCCCAGAGUCACACAGCACUGAGUGGAAACUAUUCCUCAGGGCAGCUCUCCUUGGCUUUCUUAUCCUCUGAAUCAUGCAUUUUUCUGCCCAUAUUUGGUGGUGAUUUGGUUGCUGGGCAGACAUCCAGGACGAAGUCGCAGGCUGGCUCUGCAUACAGGCGUGUGCUCCUUCCUGCCCCCUCAGAGUUUGAAGGGCCCAGGGAGACCAUCGGGGAUGGAUGCUGGGCUGCCGGGGAAGGGAGCUAGAGCUGUUUUUCCUUUCAGUCCCCAAGAGAAGAAUUCUUUCCUAGAUGCUUUUGUAGUCGGAGGAUGUUUUUGCCGUUGCUUUGAGAAGACUUCCCCUCCUAACUUCCCCCUUUCCUGGGAAUUUCCUCCCCUAAGUCGAAA